GCGCGGUACAUUCAUUGGCAGGAGGGAAACGGCCCCGCAGCGCCUCGCCCCGCCUGCCCCGCAGCCGGGUCGCGUAGACAUCAGCUCCGGGCGCAGCACAGGUGGGCUGGGGAAGCCAGAGACCCAGGCGCGCCACCGCCACCGAUCGGGAUUGGAGGUCUGCGCAAGGACCAUGGGUGCGUCGCUGGGCAGCGGCGCGCGGGUGGCUCUCCUGCCCCGCCAGGCCUGCGGCGCCGUCCGGCGCUGGGCACCCCCCUCGCCCGCCCGAGGCUGCCACUCCAAGACGGGCCUGCCGCGUCCUGUGCCCCUGAAGAAGCGCGGAUACGAUGUCACCAGGAAUCCGCAUCUCAACAAGGGUAUGGCCUUUACACUUGAAGAAAGGCUGCAGCUUGGAAUCCAUGGCCUAAUCCCCCCCUGCUUCUUGAGCCAGGACGUCCAGCUCCUCCGGAUCAUGAGAUACUACGAGCGGCAGCAGAGUGACCUGGACAAGUACAUCAUUCUGAUGACCCUCCAAGACCGGAACGAGAAGCUCUUCUACCGAGUGCUGACGUCCGACGUGGAGAAAUUCAUGCCCAUCGUGUACACGCCCACCGUGGGGCUGGCCUGUCAGCACUACGGCCUGACCUUCCGCAGGCCCCGUGGGCUCUUUAUCACCAUUCAUGACAAGGGCCAUCUUCCAACAAUGCUGAACUCUUGGCCAGAAGAUGAUAUUAAGGCUGUGGUGGUGACCGAUGGGGAGCGCAUCCUGGGCCUGGGAGACCUGGGCUGCUAUGGCAUGGGCAUCCCCGUGGGCAAGCUGGCCCUGUACACGGCGUGUGGAGGUGUCAACCCUCGGCAGUGCCUCCCUGUCCUGCUGGACGUCGGUACCAACAACGAGGAGCUGCUCCGAGACCCCCUGUACAUCGGCCUGAAGCACCGGCGCGUGCGCGGCCAGGAUUACGACGACCUUCUGGACGAGUUCAUGCAGGCUGUGACGGACAAGUUUGGAAUAAAUUGCCUCAUUCAGUUUGAAGACUUUGCCAACGCCAAUGCCUUCCGCCUUCUCAACAAAUACCGCAACAAAUACUGCAUGUUCAACGAUGACAUCCAAGGCACAGCCUCCGUCGCCGUGGCAGGGAUCCUGGCUGCUCUGCGAAUCACCAAGAACAAGCUUUCCAACCACGUGUUUGUUUUCCAAGGUGCCGGUGAGGCAGCCAUGGGCAUCGCCCACCUCCUUGUCAUGGCCCUAGAGAAAGAAGGUGUACCCAAGGCAGAGGCCACAAGGAAGAUCUGGAUGGUGGACUCCAGAGGGCUCAUUGUCAAGGGGAGGAGCCACCUGAACCAUGAGAAGGAGAUGUUUGCCCAGGACCAUCCUGAAGUGAGCUCCCUCGAGGAGGUGGUGAGGCUGGUGAAGCCCACGGCCAUCAUAGGUGUUGCCGCCAUCGCAGGAGCCUUCACGGAGCAGAUUCUGAGGGACAUGGCCUCCUUCCACGAGCGCCCUAUCAUCUUUGCCCUGAGCAACCCCACCAGCAAGGCCGAGUGCACGGCUGAGAAGUGCUACCGGGUCACCGAGGGCCGAGGGAUCUUUGCCAGUGGAAGUCCUUUUAAAAGCGUGACCCUGGAAGAUGGCAGGACCUUCAUUCCCGGGCAGGGAAACAACGCCUACGUGUUCCCCGGAGUGGCUCUGGGCGUCAUCGCUGGCGGGAUCCGGCACAUCCCAGACGAGAUCUUCCUCUUGACAGCAGAGCAAAUUGCCCAAGAGGUCUCGGAGCAGCAUCUGUCACAGGGGAGACUGUACCCACCGCUCAGCACCAUCCGAGACGUGUCUCUGAGAAUCGCCAUCAAACCUCUCAUACAAAGUCCUAGAACUCAGCAAGUGUCAUUUAAUCUAGAGGAUGCUGUGUUGGCACCCCCCCAGAUCCUUCUAGAGGUGUGGAACACUCCUUCCUCCAGCUGCCAGUAUUAUCUGCUGAAGGCUCACAGCUGCAUCCCUCCCUUGGAGUUGCACUUGACUGAAGGAAAAUGCUUCAUCCAGGGUUAUGCCCUCAUCUCCAGGGACAGCCUGCAUCCAAUGACCGGCUGACUCCAAAGUCCAACCCCCUUGCUACGACUGCGGACUUCUCUAAAAGGCCAUCUCAGCUUCAGAGCUCCCUGGGACAUUGGCUAAGGCCACGGUUGCAACUGUAUGUAUGACUGUUAAAUUUGUGCAGUGUCCUGGUUCUCCGGCUCCCUCACAAGUGUUGAUGAUUCCCUGGUAAGCCUCCAAAUGCAAAUCUCAGAUUCAGUACCUGAAUCUGAGAUUUGCAACAUGAGGAAACUAGCCAGGCUCCUCAAUUUUCCAGUCUGUUGCACCCGCUCCACAUGACCAUCAAACCCUUACUGUGUUGGUUGUUUUUUUGUUUGUUUGUUUGUUUUCCCCUCAGUAGAGACCCUCUGCAAGAACCAAGCCUGAUCUUCAGUCCAGGUCCAGAAUCAGUAAAUGCCCCCAGCAAACAAAAUGGCCAUUCACUCGCCUCAGGAGAGCCCCCUCCUCUCUGGGAUUCCUAUUCACCUAGUCCUUGCUGCUUUCACAGCUCUCACAUGUCUUUAAACAUGUGAUCUUUGUAAUUUAUCCCUAUUUUUCUGAUUGUGGCAGGGAGAGUGUUGGACUGCCAGGACCUACUAUAUCCUAUCUAGAAGUGGAAGUCUCUAGAUUUUCAAAAUUUCAAAUAAUACUAUUAACUUUUUUCUAACUGAAUUGUAGGCAGAAAUUACUCAAAUAUUUUAAAACUUGAUUAAAUUAUGUAUGAUCUAAUAUAUAAUCAAAUUUAAUAAAAUAUUUAAUGCACUCUUAAAAAGUAUAUGUAUUCUCACUGUUGGAUGCAAUGCCUCUUAUAGUUCACGGGAUCAGGGCUUGUUAUUUGUUUUGUUCAAAUCUGUAUCCUUACUGAUUUUUGUCUACUCGAUUUUUGAAAUAUAGUAAAAUUUCCUAUCACUGUGGUAAA